GAGAUACCAUUUAUUGUAAAUAUGGAUGAUGACUCUCCGAUUAAUUCACCAUAUCACACAACUGGGCCAUACUCGGAUACUAGUUUUGAAGAUAUGUCCUCAGAGCACAGCUCAGAUUCAUCCUCAGAUGAUUUCAGUGAUAUAGAUUGGGAGUAUAAUGAAAGUCUUAUAAAACCUGAGUUGGCCGACGGUUCGACGAAUUCUCCAGAGGCAACAACAUCUUACUCUGAAAUCAGUGGAUUUUAUGGACAUGAAGAAAUUAAACAGAAGUUAGAAAGUAUGAAUUAUUGCUCACCUCAAAAAAGUCUACCUCUCUCUGAUUAUUACAUGUCCUUGGAUUCAUCGAGUGACGAACCUGAGCACAAGCCACAACCGUUUGUGCAUUAUUAUAAUGAUGACAGUAGCUCUGAUGAAGCGAAGAGAGGUGAAAAAUCGGAAGAAGAGGUGAAAUCGGUGAAAACGACUUUCAAGCGAAAUAUGAAUUUUAAUACCAAAAUUUUCAAUAAGGGUCAUGUUCAACAGAGUAGUCUAACUUCAGUGGCUCGAAAGAAGACCAUGUUGGCGAAGGCAGUGAGUCGUAAACUUCUAUACUCAAAGUUGUCUAGACGCACGCCUAUUCCGUCCACUGAGAAUACGAAUUUAUGGCAGGUUGGGGAAUUAGUUUGGGCGCGUUCACUUCCACCUGACAAUUUCCCUUGGUGGCCAGCCAUAGUGGUUGCAAAACCAAAAAAGUAUUCGGUGUCAGAAACAAUACCCACCUAUCGAGUUUGUCUACUGGGUCUCAUUCGACCGCUAACUUUUCUCACUCUCCCACAGACUCGUUUACGACUUUAUGCUGGUAGAGAAGAAUAUGAGUCUUUUUAUCGGAAGACUAUUUUGGAAGCAACAAACAAAUUACGGGCUCUACGUCAAUUUGCUAUUCAGCCAAGCCUACAGGAAGCAUGGUUUCGUGCUAGAGAGGCUGCAGCUGAGGCGAAGUUGGCUAAACCACGGCCUGCUGGUCGGUUAGCAUUGUUUCCAUGGAUUACUGAUCCAGCGUUUCUUAAACUGGAUCCACUGGCUGAUUAUGUUAGAAAGAAUACUGGAAAAUACACAUUGUUUGGUAAAUCAUCACGUAAGCGUACCUAUUCUGAAGAUAGUAGUUCUUCAUCAGAGGAUUCAGAUACAUCGCCUGCUUCAGACAGCGAUGCUGAUUCUAAAGGGAAACAUGGUCCAGGUUCUCAUGUCUCUUCGUCGACUACUUCAGGUAGUUCAGUUGGACCUCGAAAACCUUUAAAACCCUCAAAUGAUGAUUCCAAGAAUAACAGAACAACUGGCCUCCGUUGGAUAGAUUUAGCGAAUUCUUUUGAAUUUGAAAAACUACGCUUUGGUUAUACAACACCGAAACAUUACUUUUUAUGUUGUGUUUGUGGUGAAUACCAUCCAGUAUGGAGUGCUGGUAAUAAUAACAGUACUACUAAUGUUAGUAGUCAGUCAACUCCAAGGAUUACUGUUGGCCUGCCAUCACUCACACCAGAUAUGAACAUUGGUCUGGAUUCACAGAAAACUUAUAGUCAAUCAACACAAUCUGAUCGAGUGGAGAAUACGGUUAUGGCAUGUGCUGGUGGCUGUGGGAAUUAUCUCCACUUACAUUGUGCUCCACAUAUAUUUUAUAGAAUUAUAAAGCAUAAAAAUUGUGAAAAUAAUGGUACAGAUGAGGGUGGCGGUGGCGGUGGUCAGUGUCACCAACAGUCAGUAACAACCAAUAGUAAAACAGCAGCAACAGCAUUGAGUGUGAAAGACACACCCACGAUGAAUGGAGGGAUUACUGAAUCCUCAGUACAACCUAAUCCAGUGUGUAGUUUGUGCUUAGCUGGGCUAAGACAAUGCUUCAUUUGUUAUCUAACUCAUCCUGACGCCAGUUUGACUACACUUCAAACCUCUCAUAGCUGUGAAACGCCUUUGAUUUAUGCCAAUUCCGAACCACCCGUAAUCGAUAAAAGUAUCUCUGAUGUAACAUUGAAAAUGGAAGAGGAUACAACCACAACAACAACAACUACUAAUGAAUCUACUUAUCAUCAGAAAGACAUUCAACCAGUAUUAGAAUCGAAUAAAUCUGAUCACCAGUUGAUACGCUGUUCAGUUCGUGCUUGUCGACGAUGGUUUCAUCCUAGCUGUCUGCGUAAGCCGCCUUUUGCAAUUGUUGUGCGUGAACGACGUGCUGGUGCCUUUUCGUGUCCUGCGCAUACAUGUUUAGCGUGUACAGCUGAGACACCUGGAACAAUGCCUCGUCCAUCUGCACAUUUUAUUCGUUGUGUUAUGUGUCCUGCUGCUUAUCAUCCUGGGGAAUGGUGUCUACCGGCUGGUAGUAAAGAGGUGGCGCCUAACUUAAUUAUCUGUCCACGUCAUUCUCUGGAAGAUGGAUGUAAACUCUACUGUGCACCGCCUAAUAUACAACUGGAAUUACCACCAGCUGCAUUGUUGAAAAUGUUUAAGCCAACUAAUGUCUCUUGGUGCUUUAUUUGUUCUAAAGGGGGACGUAUUAUAUGCUGUGAAAGUUGUCCAGCAUCUUUUCAUGAAGAAUGUCUUAAAAUUGAUGAGGUACCAGAUAAAUUUAUCUGUGAAGAUUGUACAAAUGGUCGAAUGCUGCGUUAUGGUGAGAUUGUAUGGGCACGUUUACCACCAAGUCUACAGUCGUAUCAUCAACGUUGUUUAAAAUUAUCUGUUGCGUAUAAUUCACAUCGUUUACCGGGAGUAUUUCGUCCUAAUGAAUAUGCUUCGCUUACAUCUGGUAUGUAUUGGUGGCCAGGUGAAUUAGUUCAUCCUCAACAUUUACCAACAAAUAAACAUUCUGUAAAAGAUGAUGGCAAUAAUAACAACAGUCAAACAUUUGCAAUUAAUUUUCAACCAACAAGUAAUCCAACAUUGCCUACAUCUAAUAAUAUCCUCGGUUCAGUAUUUGUUCGUUUAUAUGGCUUGACGAAUAGUCUUUCAACAAAACAUUCACGUCCUGUUUAUCUAUUGACAACACGUGCUAGAUUAUUUCCAUAUGAAGAAGGUGAUGAUAAACGAAGAGGAAGUAGUUCUAGCUCAAGUGACGACGAUGACGACGAAUCUACUGAAUCUGGACGUGGUGAAGAGAGUUACAUUGUCAGGAAAAAGGUCACUUCAUCAUCAUCAUCAUCCAAACAACGGGCUAAUCGUAAUCGUCGUAAAAAGCAGGAUGACGGUGAAGAUGAGGAUCCAUUGUUAGAAUUGAAUCCCAGUAAUUUUCUUGUUGAGGAUAGUACUAACAAUACUGGUAAUACUUCUAAUACAACUACUAGUAAUAAUAAUAAUAACAUUAUUAAGACACCCGAAUCAAGUAAUAAUAAUUCAUUUGAAUCUUCCAAUACUACAAGUUCAGCUCACAAGUCAACCUAUAAUCAUAACAACAGCCGUUUAUCACGUUAUCCAUAUUUAAGACCACGUAGAAAUCGAUAUUUAAAUGAUGAGAAUUCAAGUAGUUGUAAUACAGGACUUCUACCUAAUCAACGUACACCUCCAUCUGUGAUUCGACGCAGAAAAUUUAUUUAUAAUGCUGCAAUCAAACAAGCUGCACGUGGUUGGCUCAAAAGACGUGAAAAAUUCUCUAAACUUUUAGGCAGAAAACGACGUCCUGAUUAUUACAAGCCAAUUAAAGUGAACUGGCCAAUUGGCUCUGUUCGUGUCUAUCGUCUUACUGAUUCAAGUGAAGCUCCACUAUGUGAUUGUCCUAAAGAUUCAGAAGAUCCAUGUGGACCAUCUAGUAAUUGUAUAAAUCGUGAAUUACACUAUGAAUGUUUGCCUAGUGCAUGUCCAAAUGGAGAAGCAUGUCGUAAUCAACGUUUCACAAAACGUCUUUAUCCACCACAACAACCAUUUUGGACCGGUGAUGAACGUGGAUGGGGAUUAAAAACUUUGGUUCCAAUUCGUGCAGGAGAAUUUGUUAAUGAAUACAUUGGUGAUUUAAUUGAUGAAGAUGAAGCGAAUCGACGUUUAAGAUUUGCUCAUGAAAAUAAUAUUACUAAUUAUUAUAUGAUGAAAUUAGACAGUCAACGUAUUAUUGAUGCUGGACCUAAGGGUAAUUUAUCCCGUUUCAUGAAUCAUUCAUGUGAUCCUAAUUUGAAUACACAAAAAUGGACUGUAAAUGGUGAUAAUAGAAUUGGAUUAUUUGCUGUCAGAAAUAUCGCUGCUGGUGAAGAGUUAACCUUCAACUAUAAUUUUGUUGCAUUGGGUCAAGAACGUUUAAAUUGUCGAUGUGGCGCUUCGAAUUGUGUUGGAUUUUUAGGUGCACGUUCAGAGUCCUCGAAUAAUAAUAAUGGUCAUACUGCACAAGUUGGUACUAUUACUAAUAGUAAUGGUACAUCUGCCAAUUGUUGUUCUGAGUCGAACAGUUCAUCAACUGUUCCAGUGAAUGCAGAUACAGCACGUGGAACUAGGCGGAAUACUUCACAAGGUGGUAGCACUGGUAACUCACGUGCAGGUGGUACUGAAAAAGCGCAUACAAAUAAGGAUGAUGGACGCGAUUCAAUUUCCAGUAAGACUUCCAUUUCAACCGUAUCUAAUCAUUCAGUGGGAAAUGCGAGGAAUAGUUCAGGAAGUGUAAUGAAUUCUCCAGCAUGUAAAGACAAGUAUCUUGAAACGAAAUGUUUCCGAUGUGGUAAAGAACAAGCUCCAGUUGGCAAUCGUUCAUUACAAUCUUGUGAAUUAUCAAAUUCGAUGUAUCCUUCAAUUACUACUACGCCUAGUAAUCCCAAUACAACAAAUACUAUUUCCUCAUCCAAUAAACGUGGACUUAAACGUGAAUUAGAAAGACUUGUUGCGGCUGUAAUUCAUCAUCAAUCACCAAUUAAACAUAAACAAUCUCGACUUAGUAGUAGUAAUAGUUCCUCUUUGAUAAAACAUCAGAAAGAUGCUCAGUUGAAAUCUUCGAAUAUGAUGAAAACAAUCAAGAUAGAAGAUGAGGAUGCUGACGACGACGAUGGUGAGGAUGAGGAUGAAGUUGAUGAUGAGGAUGGCGACAGUGAUGAUGAUGGCAAACAGAGAUUGAAAAAGCCAUCAACAUCUGAUUUAAUUAUGUGUAGUAAAUCGGAUUGUCCAAAAGUAUAUCAUUUAUUCUGUUUGGAUUUAGAUGCACCGCCUGUUAGUGGUCGAUGGUUUUGUCCUUGGCAUCACUGUGAUGCAUGUGGUCGUCCUUCGCAUGUCUUCUGCUCCAUAUGUCCAUCAUCAUUUUGUUUAGCGCAUGUUGAAGGCAGUAUUAUUGUAUUACCACCAAUCGUGGCGAAACGUAAAUUUAGGCCAACUAACAAUCGAUCUGUAAAUAAUCAUAAUAAUAAUCACUCUUCUGCUGAAAAUGUCCUUCUUGCACGAAUUGUAUGCAUGUCUCAUUAUGAAUUAGUGGAGGAGAUGUCUAAAAAAACAACUAAUCAUGGAAUAAGUUCAGUGCAUACUCCUUCUCCGCCUUCGCUGACGCCUUCUUCUCCACCUCCUCCUCCUGCUCCUCUUCUGCAUUUCAACCCGUCAACACCAACAUCCGAUAACAAUAAUCAUCAUAAUUCACUAAAUGAAGAAACAGGACAAAGUGAGAAAGAUGACAAAGAAAACUCAAAAGUAAGCAAAAUUGAAGACAAUGCGGUAGAAAGCGACGAAGACAACGGUGGUGGUGGUGUGGAAAGACACGAAGAUGAAGAAGACGACGACGAGGAAGGUGUAGAAAUGGAUGAGGAUAAAGCGAGCGUAGAAUUCAAAGAAGAUGAUGUACAAAGUAUUGAAGGAAUAGAAAUCGACGAAGAAAGAGAAGGAGUUGAUGAAGAUACAGAAAUCAUGGACGACGAAAGAGAGGAAGACUUAGAAAGAGGCGAAGAAGAAGAAGAAGAAGAGCGAAUGGAAGAAGAUGUGGACAAUAACGAUGAUGUAGAACAGUUGAAUAGUGAAAAGUCCUCAGAGUUGUUGACUCUAAGACCAUAUAGUACUAUUGGUAGUAGUAUCUGCCAAUCAAUAGAGCUAAAUACUCUACACGACGAUAUUACUACUACUAUUACUAACGAUAAUAAUAAUGAUGAUGAUGAUAGUAACAGUAGUAAUAACAACAAUAUCAGUAACCGUAGCCAAUCUUCUCCUCCAGCUAUUGUUCCCACUUCCCCUUAUCUGUCUGCUAUUUUCGAGUGAACUGUGUAGAAUGCUGAUGAUGAUGGUGAUAAUUCCCCCUAAAAAGGUUGUGUAAGCCAUUGACAACAAAAAUAAGCCUAUUGAAACAAACAAAUUAAAGUGUAAAUAUAGGUGUGUGUAUAUGUGCGUGUGUGUAUAUAGGUGUGUCUGUGUAUCUCUGCGUGUGUUUGUGUCUAUGUAUAAAUGUGCAAUGAUUAAUUUGAUCAACUAUAUUUUAUUUCAAUGUAUACUUGUACUACUUGUAUAUGUAUAUAUGCUUAUUUAUUUAUUUAUUUAUCGAUUGGACGAAAAAUGUGAAAAAAAACCCAGGACAAAUGAAACUUAUUGUAGAUGGAUUC